AUGACGGUCAAGGACGACGUUUAUCAUGCAACCGACCACUUGAUCCUCCCCAAGCCUCGACGCCGCUAUGGCACCAGUGUCCAUCCUAGUCACUGGCAGUUGCGUUCUAUGGUGGGCGUCGAGGACAACAACGUGGUUUAUUUUCCCGGAGGAAGGGACAGCACCGAGGUCCAGAGACUCAACAUCACAACCCAAGAGAUCGAAACCAUCAAGCGCCUUCCUUUUCAGCCUAGAUGUCUUGUCGCGCGGCAUGGGUGGAUCUGCUGUGGUGGCGAGACCGGCGAGUUUACGGCGAUACAUGUCCGCGAAAGGACCCCUCAGAACGAUGCCAAUGCGCAGCUCAACACGGAUUCGGACGAUCAGGUCCCUGGUCAGGAGCUACUGGACGAACUCAGCCGUGACUUGGACGACGAAGACUCGGUAGAGGUCGCGCGGGCGUUGGCUCGGGCCCAAAUCAUAACUGCUGCGCGAGGCAAUACCAACAACGACAACAAGAACCUAUCUGUCACAAGCAAAAAGUUUGGCAAACAGCGGGUGAACUGCAUCACUCUGUGGUUUCCACCGACUUUGGUACCAGCCGCGGCAGGCGCAUACAACGAACCAGUUGCCGUUCUUUCAAACAACGACAAUUCUGUUUCGUGUGUAAGCUUAUGGGGAGAGGAGGCCUUGGACGAGAUCACAUACCCGGACUGUGUCAACCGUGCUGUCAUCUCGCCCGACGGCCGGCUCCUUAUCGCCAUCAGUGACGAUCCCUAUCUCUACGUGCACGAGAGGGUUGAGAAGGAUGAGCCGUGGAUGAAUACGUACCGUUUGUCCCAUCGAACACAUCAAUGGGUUCCGCUGCGUAAAGUUCCCUUGAAGAGUCAAAGCAAAGAUGAUCGGUCGGAAAAUAGGGGGAGUUUUGCGGCAUGCUUUUCCACUACGGGGAGUUAUCUUGCUGUCGGAACUCAGUAUGGAAUUAUUUCGGUCUUCGAUGUUGCGGCCUUCUCCGUCCCUGGAUUAGAUCCCCUCGUGACGACCUUCGGCUCGUCAAGGCCAAAUGCUGAGCUAGGUGCCAUCCGUGACAUGGCUUUUGCGCCCGGGUCCACGGACCUCUUAGCAUGGACUGAAGAUCGCGGCCAUGUCGGUGUUGCCGACCUCCGAACCGGUUUUCUAUCGCGCCAGAUCCUGGACCUAGACAAACGAGACGAUUACGACCACGUCACCAUAUCCGAUAGGAGCGCUAUCGACCCUGGCCUCCUUCUCCUCGCAGCCGCCCGCACCGAUGACAAUGAGGCAUCAGCAUCCGCCUCACCACCAUCUCGUUUGCGGGGUAUCGAUCUUCUUGCAGCCCUGGAAGCUCGACGGGAACGCUCAAAUAGAGAGCAUUGGGAUCCGCUAGAGUCAUCUUCGUUUACUCCUCGUGAACUGGAGGUCCUUGACGCGAUUCGGGCAGAACGAAGACAACGAGAAGCCGCUACCUCGGGCGGAGGACCAACCACGACCGAAAGAAGAACUAAUACUUCGAUCUGGCGUGAUGAUCCGUCAUCCCGCUUAGGUGGAGCAGGAGCAGGAGGAGACACACAGCGGUCGUCUGGGAGUAGCGAGCAAUCCCGCGAGCGCGGCAGUGGAUUGAGAACCGCUCGCGAUACCAGGGACUUAUCUACCUACCGCGAGUACGCAGACUUACUUUACGGGAUCCCGCCUCGCGCAGCUACAUCGGUACGAGCUUCCGCCAGCACCGGCGGAGGUGCAGCCGGUAGUGGUAGCAGCGGUCGUGAUGGACGAAACUUGCGAGCAAGCAUAGCCGCAUUACGGGAAGCAACGGACGAAGCUACCGCCGCGGACCAUCUUCGCGUCAUCACCGCCAUUACUAGGUUAGACAGAGGAGGAGACCGAACGACGCACCCACCUACCCGACCCGCUGGCAGCGGUAGCGGUACUAGCAGUAGCCAAGCCCAGACUGCUUCAGAAGCAGCAGCAGAGAGGCGAGCUCUCAACCUCUCCUCGCGCAUCAUAGCGAACCCAAGCUUAUUGUCUCCCACCAGCAGAAAUACCACAUCAAACACUAGUGUCAAUGCUGCAGCCACUCUGCAACAGCUCUACUACACCCUUCACCUCGAAGACACGCUCCCCUUUGACAGCUUCAGCAGGACACUGCCCGAUCUCGACUCCACCCGCAGGCUGCGCGGCGCCCAUGCCUCGCUGCGCGAGUGGGAUGAUCAUCCGACCAGACGGGCGUUUGGCGCGCUAUAUAUGAGUAGACGGGAGCCCGAUCCGCAUGAUACUGCGGGGUUGUGUUGGAGUGAGGACGGGAGGCUUUUGUUCGUCGGCGCCGAAGAUGGGAUUUACGAGUUCCAUGUGAAUCUUUUGCAGAGGAGUUUAUUUCCUAGUAUGGACUACCGUUAG